AUGAACCAGAGUCUGAACGGCAGCCAGGCCCCGGCGAUGGCCCCAGGCAGCCCCGGGGUGGACGCGGUGGACGUGGCCUCCUGGGUGCUGAGCGCCCUGAUCAUGUUCACCUGCGUGUGUGGCAUAGCGGGCAACGGCCUGGUGGUGUGGCUGCUGAGCUUCCGCGUGGAGAGGACGCCCUACAGCGUGUACGUCCUCCACCUGGCCGUGGCCGACCUCCUCUUCCUGCUCUGCAUGGCGUCCCUGGUCAGUCUCAAGAGCAGCCUGCUGGCCAACACACGGUCCCUGGCCCAGGAGCUGCUGCAGAGAGUGAAGUACUUCGCCUACACCGCCGGCCUGAGCCUGCUGACGGCCAUCAGCGUGCAUCGCUGCGUGUCUGUCCUCUUCCCCAUCUGGUACAAGUGCCACCGGCCCCGGCAGCUGUCGGCCAGGGCGUGUGCGGGGAUCUGGGCGCUGUCCCUCGUCAUGAACACACUGGCCUCGGUCUUCUGCAGCUGGUCCUGGCGCUCGGACGAGAGGCGGUGCUUCGCGGUGGACUUGGCACUCAUUUCCCUCAUCUUAGGCCUCUUCACCCCCAUGAUGGCCGUGUCCAGCCUGAUCCUGUUCGUGAGGGUGAGGCGGAGCUCCACGCGCGGGCGGCGGCGGCCCACGCGGCUCUACAUGGCCAUCCUGGCCUCGGUGCUGGUGUACUUCAUCUGCGUGCUGCCCCUCGGCGUCUACUGGUUCCUCCUGUAUUGGCUGCACCUGCAGUCCCAGGUGCAGCUCUUGUACGCCUGCCUGGCCCGCCUCUCGUCCUCCGUGGGCAGCAGCGCCAACCCCGUCAUCUACUUCCUGGUGGGCACUCGGCAAGGCCACCGUCUGCGGGAGUCGCUGGGGGCCGUGCUCGGCCGGGUGCUGCGGGACACGCCUGAGCUGGAGGGAAGGGAGACACACUCCUCCUACACCAAUGAGGUGGGGGACUGA